GUGCGAAGUUAUCGAAAUUUUCGACGCUCGAACGCGUGCGUGGUUACCUUGCAAAGGCGCAACAAUGUCCAGGAUUUUAUUAUUUCGGAGAAAUAUGCUCUAAUGGUCGAUGACUAUUUUUCAUGUUUAGAUCGGUUGGUAAUUGGGAUCCUUUGGUCGAAUCUCGACAGAAUGAGUUUUUUUGAUUAGGGAGAGGAAUAUGAUCUCACUACUCAGGUUAAACGCAAUAUUAUUACUUUCUGAAGAUUUUGAGGUUAUCCUGUGAAUUUAUCCAAUAUGUCGGACAGUAAAAGAAAUCACGAAGGCAGCGACGAGGAGGAUGGAUGGGUCGGACCUCUACCUUCCGAAGCAGCCCCCCGAAAGAAACAAAAAGUUUUGGAGUACGAGCAAGUGUAUGUAGAAAAUUUACCAUGCUGUGAAUGCUAUGAGAAAUCGUACAUGCACAGAGACGUUAUCACUCACAUAUUAGUGACUAAAACAAAUUUCAUAAUUACGGCCAGCUAUGAUGGGCACGUUAAAUUUUGGAAGAAGCAGGAGGAACUCAUAGAAUUUGUAAAACACUUUCGAGCGCAUCUAAUGGCAAUCCAGUCAAUGGCAGCCAGUUGCAACGGUGCUUAUGCGUGUACAGUGAGUCUGGAUAAAAAUUUAAAAGUAUUUGACGUUGUCAAUUUUGACAUGAUAAACAUGAUGAAAUUCGACUAUGUACCGCUCUGCGUUGAAUGGGUGUAUUCCCCUGGAGACGCAAUAGCAGCUGUUGCCAUUUCCGAUCAGGACUCGAAUAAAAUAUUUAUUUAUGAUGGCCAGGGUACUAAUACACCACUGCAUGUUUUUGAAAGAUUGCAUACCAGUCCUGUAGUUAUUAUGAAGUACAAUCCUGCAUACGAAACGUGCAUUUCUGUAGAUAAAUCAGGUAUUUUAGAAUACUGGAUGGGACCCAAAUAUGAAUUCAAAUUCCCAAAAUGUGUUACAUUUGAGUCAAAGCUGGAUACCAACUUAUUUGAAUUUGCCAAAAAUAAGACAUAUCCAUGUGGUUUGGCUGUAUCGCCCGAUGGAAAAAGAUUUGCUACACUUAGCGGAGACAGGAAAGUUAGAGUCUUUAAUUUUCUUUCUGGCAAAUUGUACAGAGUAUUUGAUGAAACGUUGCAAAGGUAUAGCGAACUCCAACAAACGACGCAACAGCUACCUAAUAUGGAAUUUGGUAGAAGAAUGGCUGUUGAAAGAGAGUUAGAUAAAACUGAAACAAAUUUAGGUAAUAUAGUUUUCGACGAGUCGGGUUAUAUGAUUCUGUAUAGCACGAUAUUUGGCAUUAAAAUGGUGAACCUUUAUACGAAUCGAUGCAUCAGAAUUUUAGGGAAACCUGAGAAUAUUCGACCAAUGCAACUUGCUUUAUUUCAGGGAAAAGCAAGAAAAACUACAGCAGCUGUAACUGUAGAAAUGGAAGCAUCGGAGAAUCCAACGAUAGAAAUGAAUAAGCCAGAUCCAACACUGUUUUGUACCGCGCAUAAGAAGAAUAGAUUCUUCAUGUUUACUAGGCGUGAACCUGAAGACACAAAGAGCCAAGAGUGUGACAGAGACGUCUUCAACGAGAAACCCUCAAAGGAAGACAUUAUUUCCUCUACCGAGGCGACAAAUAUGCAGAAAAUUUACGAUACCGCUAUUUUACAUACAGCUCUGGGAGAUAUUCACGUCAACCUCUUUGGCAAAGAUGUUCCGAGGACGGUGGAAAACUUCUGCGUUCAUUCGAAAAAUGGUUACUACAACAGUCACAUAUUCCACCGCGUGAUCAAAGGAUUUAUGAUCCAAACUGGAGAUCCUACUGGAACUGGCACCGGGGGCGAAAGUAUAUGGGGUGGCGAGUUUGAGGACGAAUUUAAACCAAAUUUAAGACAUGACAGGCCUUACACAUUAAGCAUGGCCAAUGCCGGUCCAAAUACCAAUGGCAGUCAAUUUUUCAUUACGUUAACACCAACGCCAUGGUUGGAUAACAAACACACAGUCUUCGGCAGAGUGGUUAAAGGAAUGGAAGUGGUGCAAAACAUCAGCCAAGUAAAGACCAACCCCAAGACCGACAAGCCUUACGACGAUAUACGGAUAGUUAGCAUAACUGUAAAGUAA